AUGACGAACUAUGAUUCAGUGCCUAUUACAAAUUUACAAGGAUAUUGUGAUACGGCUCGGGACACAAUCUUAUUAGCAGAUCAGAACAAUAUUGACGUUUAUUAUCGCUGUAUCAGUGGUUUCAAUUUUGGAGGGCUCGGUUUUUGGCAAAAAAAUUUUUGCCCACUUGGAUCAUAUUUCGAUUUUGUUAAUCAAAGAUGCCAAGCUGCGAAAAGAACUAAUAAGGCCAAUUUCGCUAUAUUGAAUAGCACUUGUGCUGCGGGCGAACAGUGCGUUGGAGGAAGUGUGUGUGAUCCCCAAUUUCUAAAAUGCAUUUGUCCGCACGGCACUGUAGCCCAACUGGAGACACUUUCCUGUAUACUCGAUACGACUGAUUCUGGACAAAUGAUUACAUCACUGCAAAUAAAUCCAGUUUUCAUUCCAUCUAAUAAUGUGGAACAAAUUAAUGGGCAAUCAUUACAACUUCAUUUACCGUCACAAUUUCAUCAAGAAAUUGGUGAUGUUAAACAACUGAAAUUUGGACAAACUGCGCUACCAGGCAGUGAUUGUUCACAUGACGAACAAUGUCUUGGUGGCUCUCUGUGUGUAUAUCCCAUGAGGCGAUGCCUUUGUCCAGGUGAUAUGGUCGCGCAAAAUAAUAUCUGUGUUUCUCCUAAUGAAAUGAGAUCUACUGCCAAAAAAGGCAUUGGAUCGCCUUGUGCUCAAUCGAUCGAAUGUGAUUAUGAUGCACUAUGCAUGAAUGGUAGAUGCCUGUGUCUUGAACCUCGAUAUGACUUUAAAGGACGAUGUAUCGUACGCAAGGAAGUUGGCGUGGGACAAAGAUGUAGCAAUGGGGAAAUAUGCACAUCAGGCUCGGUUUGCGAUAACACUGAAAUAAUUUGCACUUGUCCUUUUGGAACAAUACUGGAAGAUGGCAAUUGUCAGCCAGUUGCAACAGCAAUGACUACUCGACCUACUCCCAUGGCAUGGAUAUCGGUACCAACAACUCAAGCCUCAGCGAAUUUCGCAAAUACAAUAUUUAUGACAAUGCCAUAUCAUCAGAAUCAACAAAAGGCUUUGGUGGGAAUGAAAUGUACUAUAAAUACGGAUUGUAUGGUUGGUGCAUAUUGCAAAGGCAAUACUGAUCCAGCAAGUUGCCAGUGUCUAUCUACUCAUGUGGCUAUCAAAAAUAUUUGCAAACAAAUAUUUUACCCUGGACAAAAUGGUUGCGAGGAAGAUAUGCAGUGUUCACUUGCAUAUAAUGGCACUAAAUGCGAGCAGAAUCAAUGUAUAUGUCCCAGUCAAUUUAGGGCUGUCGAACAAACUUGCAAACCCGGAAUUCUUCUACCAGGCAGUGCAUGUAAUAGUUCUAUGGAUAUUGAUGCAUGUUCUGCAGGCUCCGUGUGCUUUCAGUCAGUUUGCCGAUGUCUUCUUCCGCUCGUUGAGUUUCAGCAUCAAUGCAUAAAUAAAAUUUAUUUGCGCGUAAAAAGUUCCAAAAGAAUAACAUGUAAGCGCUCUAAUGAAUGCCCACCUGAUCUCAAGUGUCUUAAUGGGAAAUGUGGUUGUACUCCUGGAACGUUAAGGCGAAACACUUUGUGUUUAAAGGAUCAUCGCUACAAUUUGGCCAAAUUUAGAGAAACAAUGAAUAACGUUUCAUUACGAGGUACGAAAAACUUUGUACCAUAUGAACAUAUUCGAAGAUAUGACUGGAUCAGCGAAAAAGACUGUCGGCCUAACCAAUAUAAAUGUACCGGUGGUCGUUGUCUUCAUGGGCGGUGUUGGUGUAAGAAAGGGCAUAUAAAAAUAAAAAACCAAUGCAAGCGAAUUUCUUGCAAAGAUAAUGCUGAAUGUCCGGAGGAUACAUUAUGCAUUUUUAAUAGAUGUACUUGUACCAUCGAUGGUUGUUCACUAAUGAAAAAAGGAAAUAUUGGGGGAAUGCAAAAAAGAAGAAAACGUUGCUUGGAAGAUGGGGACUGUGGUGCAGGUUAUAAAUGUAGCAAUACGGAAUGCAAAUGCUCCGAAGGAUAUACAAAGCAGAAGUUAAUUAAAAGUCGAAAUUACUUAAAAAUUAAUUUUAGGAAAAAAUAUAAUAAAUGGACCAUUCUAUUUUCUUUUUACUUAUUGAAAAAUUUACUUGGUAGCCUUCUUAAGGAAAACGGUUGCAAAAAACUAAGCGGUGCCUUCAAACCUAUUGGAAGCCAUUGUGGAAUAAAUGACCGUUGCGCAGGUGGAUCAGUUUGCACAAAUUCGACAUGCAUUUGCACGGAUAGUUCAAUUGAAUUAUAUGGUCGAUGUAGACAAAAACCUGGUGGAAGAUGUGCAGAUGGACAAAUCUGUACCGGCAACGCAAUCUGUGCUUUAGCCAAAUGCCAAUGCCCAGAUGGCUAUAUCUUAGAUGGACCACAGUGCAUCCUGGGCGUGUCAUCACCAGGCCAAAGUUGUCAGCAAGGACAAAAAUGUGCAAAUGGUAGCAUAUGCAUGUUUGGUGUAUGUAUGUGUUCGUUCAAUUUUCAUAUCGUUGAUAAUAGUUGCAAAAGGCUGAAUAAGCAAGGAAGAAAUGACUACCUGGAAACAAAAAAAACAUUUGAUGAAUGGAAAGACCAUUUAACAAGCAAUUUAAAAAAGCCCGGAGAAAGUUGCAUCCCUUCAGAUUUCUGCCUUGGUGGCUCAAAUUGUAUUACGAAAAUGUGCAUUUGCAACAAUGAUGAAAUUAUUUCGAAUGAUAUUUGUAUUAAAACUGAUCAAAAGGUUUUAAUUGAUAACGCUGCACCAGGACAAUAUUGUCGAGAAGAAAUCAUUUGUACUGGAGGUUCCGUUUGUUUCGCAAAUAAUUGUACUUGUCCUGCUGGAACUCUUCUUAAAUAUGGUGAAUGCAUCAACGAUUCAACAACUUCAAAUAAUGAAAAUGAAUUUGUUUUACCUGGAUCCAUUUGUUCUCAAGCCACAAAAUGCCAUCCUUCUACCGAAUGUAUACGAAAUGUUUGUCGUUGUAAACCUGGGGAGACUAUCAUCGAACAGUACUGCAGAAAAGCAUUAUAUAAGGUACUACCAGGAGGUAAAUGCGAUCGAAAGUAUGGCCUGGAUUGUGUCGGUGAAUCUCACUGUGUUGGCGGAAUUUGCAAGUGCAGUAGUGGUCUAGAAAAUGGUGUAUUCGAAUGUGUAGCAAAACACAAUGGCCUAUUAAAUUUUAAUCAUUCUCUUCAAAAUCCCUUUUACUUGAUGUUUGAAUCACCUUUAUUUUUUUCACAGAUGCAAGAGAGCUCUCAGCUGAACACUGCGCAAUCUAAUAUUAAUCCAGAAUUAACGGGAAUGCCUGGUGAUAGGUGUACAAUCGAAGGAUUUUGUUGGAACGGUGCACGAUGCGUUAACCAACGAUGCAUAUGCGCACUCGGCUAUUCUCCAAUAAAUGAGGCUUGCCAUUUGAAAAUGGCAAAGUUGCAUGAAAACUGUGAUAUUACUGAACAAUGCCCUAUAUAUGCACGUUGUGUUGGAGGCUUUUGCACAUGUCAGUCGUCAUAUAUUGCAAGUUCAGGGUAUUGUAUUCGAAAAAAUUUGGCAAGGCCUGGCGAAGAUUGCUCAAAUGGACAAAUUUGCGGUUAUCGUUCAUACUGUGAUACAAAUUCGGGUAUAUGUGAAUGUCCAAGAGAAUUUUCACUUAAUGAUGGCGAAUGUAUGAUAUUAUUAGAAAACUACAAGUGUGACAUAAAUUCCGACUGCAAUGAUUAUGCCUUCUGCUACAAUGGGUAUUGCAUUUGUGACGUCGCUGAACAAAAAAAUAAUCAAGCGUUAUGUUUGCCUUAUUACAUGAUGAGUGAUAUUGAAGCACGUUUAGUUUCAUUUGCACCUUUUCAUUCACCACAUUCAUUCACCACAUCACAAGCCUCCUUCGAAAUUCCUGUACAAUUUGAAAAUGAUGAUGGUUCUACAGAUGCUUAUGAUGAAAGCGAUCUAAUUAACAUUGGAAAUGAUUUGAUAGAAAUGAAUCAAGACUAUAUCGAUAAUUAUGAUUAUACAAUGGGAGAAAAGCGACUGAUCGAUGCGAGAAACAUUGAGCAAACAUGGAUGCCAAAUAUGUUAAUGAGUCCGCUUGCACAAGGAAACCCUAUAACUCAAAAAAUCAUAUUCUUUAAUCCUAAUCGAAGAACUGCUAAAUUAUUGCGACGGAAACCGGUAGGCUAUUCCAAGCCUGGUGAAGCUUGUGGAACUACUAAAAUAUGUAUUGGUAAUUCUAUAUGCAUAGGAAAAUUUUGUCGUUGUAAGAAUGGAACUAUUAAGGAAGGUUCUUAUUGUACUGAUUCGAAUAAGGUGAAUGUUGUUUAUCAUCGACGAAACUCAGUCAGAAUGCCUUUAGACCGAUGUGAUUUUGGCGAAAAAUGCCUCUUUGGCUCAAUCUGCGAGAAUCUCGGCUUUUAUGGACGAAUUUGUCUUUGCCCAACAGGCAAAUAUCUCAUUGAUAAUGUAUGUCGAGAAUUUCUAAGCAGCCAUGCCUUAUUGAACGAAUAUUGCACGACUAGAAAAAAAUGUGUUAAUGGUGCAAUUUGCUUAAAGGAAAAAUGUCAGUGUGGUCGGGAAGAUUUGCUUAUAUUCAAUCAUUGCCUCAAAUCUUAUCUUUUUGAUAAAUUUGAUAAAUUUGCACCUAUUCUACCAGGACAAAUUUGCAAUAAUAUUCAUGAUUCGUGUGUUGAUAACUCAUUUUGCUCGCAAAAAUCAAUUUGUGAAUGCAAUGACGGUUAUAAAAUGAUUUCGAGCCGAUGUAUUCCAGAACGACUCUACCGUUUGCCGGGCGAGCAUUGUACAAGCAGUACAUUUUGUGGUGAAUCGUCGCAUUGUGUUGAUGGUAUAUGUAAGGCAGCAAUUAAACGUAGAUCACUUAAAGGAUUAAAAGCCACUAAUUUAAUUUGUAGCAGUCGCAGGUGCUACCAUGCACCAAUAUCAAGUACUGCUGGUAAGAUUCAAAAUAAGGAUUUGCUUCUGGUACCUAAUGAAGAAUUCUUGCAUGAUUCUUGUACAUCAAGCACCACAAGGAGCAACGUUACAUGUAACUCUAACAACUCAUUAAAAAUACGAGCCACGUGUGUCCAUCUGUUAGCAAUUCAGUGGUGCUAUUUUGGUGUUUCGUUUUUUAUAAAAUCGCUUAAUUUAUCAUUAUCUUUAGAUAUUCAAAAACUUAAUUCGCCACCUGGUGGAAGUUGCUUGGAAACGCGUGAUUGUUCUGGUGGCUCUGUUUGUAGUGAAAAAUGGUGUGUAUGCCCUGACCCUUUAAUGAUCGUUACUAGAGGAACAUGCAUUAAACCAAUUCAUUACAUGCCAUCAAAACUAACAAAUACUGUGGUACCAUACAUGAAAGAUGGGAAUAUAACCGUGAAAAAAGCAGGCGACCAAUGCGGGCCAUUAGAUAUAUGCGAAAAAAGUUCCUUUUGUAUUGAUGGUGAAUGUGUUUGUCCUGCUGGAUCCCAUAAAUCAGAAACCAGUGGUCUCUGCGAACCAAAUACUUCGUGUAAGCAACCAGAAUUCUUUUUUGAAAUUUUUAUACCAAAAUUUUUAGCGAUGAAAUUUGUUAAGCUAAGCGAACCAUGUAACAACGGCGAAAUAUGUGUGGAUGGUUCCAUUUGCUCUCAUUCGAAGCUAUGCACCUGCCCUCCUAAAUUACCGAUUGUUUAUAAUGGUAAAUGUAUUUCAAAUUUGCAUAAAUCAUUGCCUGGUCAAUUUUGUAAUGAAACAAUAGAAUGUGUUGAAAAUUCCAGUUGCAUUGAUAGAAUCUGUCGUUGUGUUGGAAAUUUUGUGGCUGAUAAUGGCAAAUGUACUUCCAGUAAUAGAAUAACUGUUAGUUCGUUUGGCGUAACGAUGCAGCCAAUUUUAGCAGAGUAUACCAGUAAUUAUGUUCGUAGUGACCUAGAACUAUCGAUGACGUUAAAUGAUUCCGUUCAACCACGAAUUACAGGACCUCCAUUGAGAAAGUUAAGAAUAUUUGAUGAUAACAAAAGCUCUGAUAUAGCGCAUGCAGCGGAUGAUAUGUAUUUCUCGGAUGGUCUAUGCCCAAAGGGAAGUGCACCAUUGCGCGAUUCAUCUGGAUAUCUCAUUAAAUGCAAUGGUAUGCGGCCGAAAUGCCCAUCACAAACCUACUGCUAUGUGACAAGUUAUUCUUCGGAAACUUACAACUGUUGCACGGCACAUUGA